CUUCACUCCCACACCCACUACACCCCGUCUCUCACCCCGACCAACCUUCACCACCUCUACCACCCGGUGGAACAGCCUCUCUUGGCCCUGGUGUGCGACUCUUUCGCUAGACGCUGCACACACAUCAAUACCUCCACCCCCCCAACCGCAGCUAUGUCCUUCCUCAAGGCCAGCUCCGCUGCAUCCAGACUGGGCGCCCCAUCUCCCACGCCCUCCAACUCCUCAAACAGCGGCGCGAAGCGAAAGCGACCCGCCGAUGAUGUCGCUGCUUCCACCGUCUACUCGCAGCCCUUGGACACCGGCACUGGCAACCACAUCUUCACCCAGGUCACAUACACUAUCGAGUUCCUUCGUGGCAAGAGCCGAUGGAUGACCUUCCAAGAGAUUACCGAGUACCUCAACAUCCCGCUUCACGAGGACCACCUUCGCACGCAGCUGGAGGUCAUCUUCCGCAGCCCCACCACUAGCCGCAUCGAGCACAAUCCCCGGGACAACACCUAUCGCUACAAACCCAAGUACGACAUCCGCAAUGCUGCGCAACUCAAGGGCUGGCUCCAGACGCAGAAGUCGGCGCAAGGAUUGGCUGUGCGGGAGCUCAAGGAUGGCUGGCCGAAUGUGCACGAGGAGAUUAGGGAGCCGGAGCGGAAGAGGGAAAUUCUAGUCAACCGCAACAAGAAGGACCAAGUCGCUAAGACGGUGUGGAUCAACGAUCCGUCUCUCAUGCACAACCUUGACGAAGAUUUCAGGAACGAGUGGCACAAGAUACUGCUGCCCCCAAAUCCGGACGAUCUGCGGAACAAGCUGGUAGCAGCGGGUCUGAAGCCUUCUAGCGCCCCUCGUGCGGCUAUGGCUGCGAAACCGAAGGAGAAGAAGAAGAAGGCGCCAAGGCGGGGCGGCAAGCAGACCAAUACCCAUAUGGCGUCCAUCCUCAAAGACUACUCCCACAAGAGGAAGUAAUUUUUAUUUCUCACUGCAUAGCAUCGGCGAUAGGGAUCGUUUAUCGGAUAACCUUGCAUGGCGUACGUGGAAAAUUUCCUUUUGAUUUGCAUGGCAUGCUUAAGGAUGACUGGGCGCUCGGACUCGGAGCUCUCUCACACUGUAACUACUACACGAGUACAACAUGAAUGUUUUCCUGGGCCAUUGUGAAAUUUAUAUCCAGCCAUAGACAAGACCUUG